AUGACCCUUCGCCCCCCGCCCUGCCGCCUCCCUCCCUCGCUCGUUCUCUGCUUGGUCUUGCUCCCCCUCGGGUACUGCUGCCCGCCCGUCUGUCGCUGCAUGGACUACCACACCAUCGACUGCCGGGACCAAGGGCUCCCGCGCGUCCCCAGCCCCUUCCCGCUGGACGUCCGGAAGCUCCUCAUCGCAGGCAACCGCAUCCAGCAGAUCCCGGCGGACUUCUUCAUCUUCUACAGCGACCUCGUCUACCUGGACUUCAGGAACAACUCCAUCGCCACCCUGGAGGAAGGCACGUUCAGCAGCUCCAGCAAGCUGGUGUAUCUGGACCUGAGCUACAACAACCUGACACAGCUCGACGCCGGCAUCUUCAAGUCCGCCGAGAAGCUGAUCAAGCUCAGCCUGGGCAACAACAACCUGGCGGAGGUGGACGAGGCGGCCUUCGAGAGCCUGGAGCAGCUCCAGGUGCUGGAGCUGAACGACAACAACCUGCAGACGCUGAACGUGGCCGCCCUGGACGCGCUGCCCAACCUCCGCGCCCUUCGCCUGGAGGGGAACCCCUGGCUGUGCGACUGCGACUUCGCCAGCCUUUUCAGCUGGCUAGAGGACAACGCGCCCAAGCUCCAGAAGGGUCUCAAUGAAAUCCAGUGCACUGUUCCUGUGGAGGAAAUCACAGUAUAUCUCAGCGAAUUAUCAGAAGCCAGUUUCAGGGAUUGCAAAUUUAAUCUGUCGCUCACGGACCUUAUUAUCAUAAUCUUCUCCGGCGUUGCCGUCUCCAUCGCCGCAAUUGCCUCCAGCUUCAUUUUGGCACUGAUUGUGAACUGCUUCCAAAGAUGUGCCCCCAGUAAAGAUGAUGAUGAAGAUGAAGAUGAGGAAGACUGA